CAUAAGACUUUUUGACACGUAUAUCACUACGCGUCACUGGAACAUUUUGUUAUUUUCAUAGAAUUCGAUAUAGACGAACGACUACGGUCGGUUUUUGGUGUAUCAUACCUUGUUAGUGAAAAUGAGCGAAAUUAGUGAUCUACAGGCUCAAAUAAUUGAGCUCAAAAAUGAGCUACAAAAGUAUAAAAGUUCUGGUGGACGUGACAAAAUCGAGAAAAUGUCAUCAGAAGUGGUUGAUUCAAAUCCAUACAGUCGACUUAUGGCCUUGCAACGAAUGGGUAUUGUCCAGGAGUACGAACGUAUUCGCACGAAGAGUGUAGCUGUUGUUGGUGUGGGCGGCGUUGGCAGCGUAACCGCUGAUAUGUUAACUCGUUGUGGAAUCGGAAAAUUGAUUCUGUUCGACUAUGACAAAGUGGAAUUGGCCAAUAUGAAUCGUUUAUUCUUCACACCAGACCAGGCUGGACUCUCAAAGGUCGAAGCGGCCGCGAAGACGCUGAACUUCAUCAAUCCGGAUGUGCAGAUUUUGACAAAUAAUUACAACAUCACGACCAUGGAGUCGUUUAGCAAAUUCUUAGACGCUAUCAAUACGGGCGGUAUAGACGGCAACGGUCCCGUCGAUUUGGUAUUGAGCUGUGUGGAUAAUUUUGAGGCUCGAAUGACAAUAAACACGGCCUGCAAUGAGCUAAAUAUCAAUUGGUUCGAGAGUGGUGUUAGCGAGAAUGCAGUUUCCGGUCACAUACAGUUACUGAAACCGGGCGAAACAGCGUGUUUUGCUUGUGCGCCACCAUUAGUAGUAGCUGAAAAUAUAGAUGAAAAAACAUUGAAACGGGAAGGUGUGUGUGCGGCUAGUUUACCAACUACCAUGGGGAUCGUAGCUGGAAUGUUGGUUCAGAAUACUUUGAAAUUCCUAUUGAACUUCGGCGAAGUGUCCAACUACUUAGGCUACAACGCACUGAUCGAUUUCUUUCCGAAAAUGACUUUGCGACCGAAUACACAAUGCAACGAUCGGUAUUGCUUAGAAAGACAGACAGAAUUCAACAGCAAACCGAAAGUGCUACAAGAAGUGACCGUCGUCGAGGACGAUACCCCGUUACAUGAUGAUAAUUUGUAUGGAAUCGAAUUGGUUUCGUGUGAUGAUACUAGUAGUAGUAGUAGUAGCGCAGCACCGCAAGCAUUGGAAACCGGUUUGAAAUUCGCAUUCGAUGCUGCUCCGCAAACGAAGGAACAUACCCCGGACGAUGCAAACGUUGACGUGAGUCUGGAUGAAUUGAUGGCACAAAUGAAAUCGAUUUAAUUAUAUUGCGUAGCAUUAAGGAGCGCUGCAAGCGAGCAUUUUAUGAAAAAAAAAAAUUUAGAGCAAACGAUUGA